UACACUCGUUUAAAAAAAAAAACAUGUCCAAUGUGAUCAAUAAACUAAAUAGUGAUUGAUUAUAUGUCUCUGGUAUUUAUCGGGGUUCUGGUCUGGCAGCGUCGCAAAAGGUUUUGAUUACAAGGGGAACAGUCUCCUAGCGACACUUCUUUUACGGCAAAUGGAACAUGGCGGACGGUGAGAGAUCCUCAGACGGACUGCAAGACCCCAGCAAGGAAUGGCUGGAGGCUGCAGACAGCAGGGCGGAGCUGCUCCGCUACCUGAGGGAGCAGGUGCCUCAGAUCUUUUGCCUGAAGAAAGACUUCGGCCCUCAGGAGAAAGAGGAGAUCAUUCAGAGCCGACUCUUCCUCCCUUUGGAGUGUUUCCUGUUUGGAGAAGAUCCUCUGGAGGGUCUGGAGAAGCUCAAGAAUGACAGCGCCUCGUCAGCGCUCUGUGGACGUGUCUUCAAAGAGGGAGAGACUGUCUACUCCUGCAGGGAUUGUGCAAUAGAUCCCACUUGUGUUCUGUGCAUGGAUUGCUUCCAGAAUAGUCUACACAAAAGCCAUCGUUACAAGAUGCAUGCGUCAUCAGGAGGGGGGUUCUGUGAUUGCGGGGAUGUAGAGGCCUGGAAGAUUGGCCCCUGUUGCUCCAAACACGACCCAGGGGCAGCCACUGCCAUGGUAACGGAUGAGUGUGUGCUGGAGCCUGAGCUCUAUGGGCGUGCUGAGAAGCUGUUCCAGGUUCUGUUGCAAUACAUCACAGAUUUCCUGGUGUGGGAGGAGAGCUUCGAUCUGCCACCGGAGCUCCAGCCCCGACAAAAAGAAAAUGCAUACUACUGUGUUCUAUACAACGACGAGCACCACUCGUACGACCAUGUCAUCUACACCCUGCAGCGUUCUGUCAACUGUGAUCAGGCUGAAGCACAGACGCACACAGCACUUAUUGACAAGGAGGGUCGGCGUGCGGUAAAGAGAGGAACCCUUCGCUCAUGUCAGCAAGCAAAAGACCUUAUCAGGUCGAACUCGGAGCACAUUUCCCUGCAGCCUCUGCGUGUGGAGAUCCUUCAAGCUGCCGUCAUGGCUCAUCAGUCUUUUGCCCUGCGUCUCGGCUCCUGGUUUCAAAAGAUCAUCGGUUACUCAGCCGGCUUCAGGCAGGCUUUCUGUCAGGUGGCACUUGAGCCAGACACGGAUAGAGACCUCCCGUGUUUCAUCAGCAAACUCAUGCUGCACGACGCCAGGAUGUACAAAGGAGCUCGCAAGAUUGUACAUGAGCUGAUUUUCUGCAGCAUGCUAAUGGAGACAGAGUUCAAGAGGCAUUUUGCAAUUGAGUUUACAAAGUACUAUAAGCAGCUGCAGAAGGAUUUCAUCAAUGAUGACCAUGAGAGGAAUAUAUCCAUCACUGCUCUGUCUGUUCAAAUCUUCACUGUACCCACACUGGCCAGACAGCUGAUUGAAGAGGGCAAUGUCAUUAAGGUGGUAGUCGACACCGUUAUGGAUUUGCUGCAUGAACACCUGGACGACAACAAUCGCUUCUUCUUCCUCGGCUACAACUCAGACAAGUUCACACGCAUCCAGGUCAUCUUCCACGACCUCAGAUAUAUUCUGAUCAGUAAACCCUAUACAUGGACUGACGGGCUGCGGAGACAGUUCUUCGAGGGGUUCAAAGUCUUUCUUGGUCUUCUCAAAUGCAUGCAGGGUAUGGAGGAGGUGAAGCGCCAGUUUGGGCAACACAUUGCAGUAGAACCAGAGUGGGAAGCUGGAUUUUCUCUUCAGAUCCAGCUGCGCCACAUUCUUGCCAUGUUUCAGGACUGGUGUUCCUCUGAUGACGAGAUCUUGCUGCUCGCAUUUAAGGAGUGCCACAAAGAGCUCAUGCAGCGCAAUAACCAGCCCUUCCGUAGGGAGGCCACUGACUACUACAUGUGCAAACACAUUCUCCAUGUUCGCCCUUACAAAGUGUCUCAGGAGCCUGUCAGCAUACACCUGCCUAUCUCCAGACUACUGGCUGGCUUGUAUGUACUUCUGUGCAAAACAGGAGCAAUUGAGCAUCUGGAUAAUCCUGAGAUUUAUGACUACACCCAGCUGGUGGAACAUCCUCUGCGCUGUGUGGUGCUGGCUGCUCAGGUCUCAGCAGAAAUGUGGCGGAGAAAUGGGCUUUCAUUGGUCAGCCAGGUCUACUACUACCAGGAUGUGAAAUGCAGGGACGAGAUGUACGACAAGGACAUUGUCAUGCUUCAGAUAGCUGCUUCCAAGAUGGACCCCAACCACUUCCUCAUGCUGAUCCUGCUGCGUUUCGAGCUCUUUGAUUAUUUUAACGGAAGUUGUUCGAGCAAAGACCAGGACGAGCUGGUACAGUGGAAUCGAUUGACGGAAGAGAUGUUAUACCUGCUGAUCGUCAUAGUUGGUGAGCGCUUUGUGCCUGGGAUCAGUCAAGUGACCAAAGAGGAUGUGACGAUGAGGGAGGUCGUCCACCUGUUGUGCAUCGAGCCCAUGGCUCAUAGUAGCCUGGUCAAAGGCCUGCCAGAGAAUGAAAGCCACGAAACAGGCCUGGAGACGGUGAUUUCUAAAGUUGCCACCUUCAAAAAACCAGGAGUGUCAGGACACGGACUGUAUGGAGUCAAAAAAGAGCGUUUGGUAGAAUUCAACCCUUUCUUCUAUCAUUACUCAAGGUCCCAGCACAGCAAGGCAGAAGAGUCACAGAAGAAGAGGAGGACUCAUGAGGGCAAUGAUAAAGCUCUUCGUCCCCCGGUGCCCCCGGCCUUCUGCCCUUAUUUUUCCAACAUCUUGCGUCUGCUCUGCUGUGACGUUAUCAUCCACAUCCUGAGACGUGUCCUUCAGAGAGCUGCAGAGGACCGGGCGACGCACUGGACAGAGGCCAUGAUCCAGAGGGCCCUCCAUGUGAUUGGUCAGGCGUUGCUUGAAGAGAAAAGCCAGCUUGAGGAAAGCACAGAGGAGGAAGUGACAUUCGAUUUCAGCCUUAAGGCUCGCAGAAUUGGGUCAGAACACGGCAAGUCUGUGUUUCUGCUGUUGUCCAAGAUUAAGGCUCUUCCAUCGCUUGAAGCUCAGAAAGACAUGGUCAAAUGGGCUCUACAGAUGUUUGAAAUUGUCAAGUGCCUUAGAGAGAAGUCCAGUCCAUCAGCAUCCAUGAGUAUGGAGACAAACAGGCCAGAGGAGAGUGUUCAGGACAAGGAGAAAGCCGAACGGAAAAGGAAGGCGGAGGCAGCCAAACUCCACCGUCAGAAGAUUAUGGCCCAAAUGUCGGCAAUGCAGAAGAACUUCAUCGAGUCCAACAAGAUGCUGUACGACAACAUGCCUGACAGCGGGAUACAGGGAGAGCCUCCUACAGCUGUUGAGAGCUGUGCCAUGGAGCAGAAGGAGCUGUGUGUAGCCGUCGGCCCAGAGCGAGGGUCGACCCCAGCUGACAGGGAGGUGCUGACCUGCAUUCUUUGUCAGGAGGAGCAGGAAGUGGUGGCUCAGCGUCCGGCGAUGGUACUGACGGCCUGUGUCCAGAGGUCCACGGUGCUGACACAGUGCAGAGGAAAGAUGGUGACCAACAGAGGAGAAGGGUCAGGGACAACAUAUCCCCUGUUGAUGCAUCCAGAAUUGUCAGUAGGGACCCACACUGGCAGCUGUGGACAUGUCAUGCACGCCAUAUGUUGGCAGAAAUAUUUUGAGGCAGUCCAGAAUACGACCAGGAAUCGUCUCCACGCUGAGCUGAUCAUCGACCUGGAGAACGGGGAGUACCUGUGUCCCCUGUGCAAGUCUCUGUGCAAUACCGUUGUCCCUCUCAUCCCACUGGAACCAUUAACAUUUAACUAUGAGAAUGCAGAGAUAAUUGGCCAUCACUUGACCAUGCCUCGCUGGAUCCAGAUCCUCUCUGCCAGGAUUAAAGGUCUCAAGUCAGUCACUCAGGAUAACGAUAGCAGCACAGAAGGAAACAGCUCAGAGGCGGAGACGGGGCUGUGUGGACAGGGACAGCCCGACUUUAGAUCCAUUCUCAGCUAUGGAGUUCAAGAGCCGAGAAAGUUCUCAGACAGCAUAGUGGAGAUGCUGGUGGUGUGCGCCACCACGGUGCACAGGGUGGGACUGCAGACGGCACCCAAUGAGCUGUGUCCUCGUGUGCCCCUUAUGGCCUGGAAUACAUGUGCCUUCACUAUUCAGGCCAUAGAAAACAUUUUGCAGGCAGAGGACAAAUCACUGUUUGGAUCCUUACAAAACAGACAGCUGGCAGGUCUAAAGGCAAUAGUUCAGUUUUCAGCAUCCCAGAGACUUAAGAGCUCUCAGGCUGUAAUCCAAAGGCACUUCACAGACAUGCUGGGGGCUUUGCUUCCAGUUCUGAGCAGAAAAACCCAGCCGUCCCUUCUGGAGGUGGAUUUCUUCCAUCUUCUGGUGGGUAUGGUGUUGUCUAUACCCUCACUGUACCAGGAAGAGGCUGUAGACUUACAGCCGUCUGCUGUCAGCUCUGCCUACAACCACCUGCACAUCUUACACCUGGUCACCAUGGCACACAUCGUCCAGGUCCUCCUGUCCUCUACUGAUUUUAUUCCAGUGGUUGGUGGAGAGGUGACGGAGGAGGCGAGAGCAGCUGCAGAGCUGUACAGUGUCGUGUCACAACACACUGGGAGGUUGGUUCCAGAUGUGUCCGGCAGCUCUGUGGCAGAAAAAGUGAAGAGAGGAAUCGAACCUUUCCUGCGCUCUGCUGCUCUCUUUUUCAAUUGCCUUACUGGAGUAAGUCCUCCAGAGGAAGUUUAUAGUACUUCUGUUACCUCCCAAGGACAGAUGGAGGCACUAUGCAGUUAUUUGGCACUACCCUCCAAUGUGUUCCAGCUCUUCCAGGAGCACAGAGACACCGUUAAUCCGCUGCUGCAGAGGUGGUGCGGGAGCCCAGCUAUAACCAAAGCCCUGAAAAGCAAAACCCAGACAGUCAGAUAUCCCAGGAGAAGGAAUCGUUUGAUUGAUCUUCCCGAGGAUUAUAGUGCUCUCCUCAAUCAAGCAAGCCAUUUCCAGUGUCCCAAGUCGACGGAUGAUGAGAGGAAGCACCCGACACUGUGCCUGUUCUGCGGGGCCAUGCUGUGCUCUCAGAGCUCCUGCUGUCUCAGUCAGCUGGACGGGGAAGAUGUGGGAGCGUGCACCGCCCACGCUGCGACCUGUGGCGCUGGUGUGGGGAUGUUCCUGAGGAUUAGGGAGUGUGAAAUUAUCCUGAUGGCCAGUAAGACUCGAGGAAGCACUUACCCUGCUCCUUACCUGGACGAUUAUGGAGAGACUGAUCCUCACCUUGGAAGGGGCAAUCCACUGCACCUCUGCCCCGAGCGCUACAGGAAGCUGAACCAGCUGUGGCAGCAGCACUGCAUCCUGGAGGAAAUCGCCCGCAGCCUGGAGGUGGUCAACGUAAUGUAUGCCUUUGAGUGGCAGAUGUUGUGAUGAUUGCUCCAGCUGUGGUGGCCGAGAAAUAGAGCACAGCCAUCGAGCACCCUCUGCUCCACUGCCCCUGAGGCACCUACACACUUAUAUACACACAAACACACAUCACAUCAAACACACAAGCAAACAACCCUGCUCCGAUCAAAGGAGGCCGGAGCAGCCAGCCCCUCCCUCGUAAAAAGCCCUGCUGGAGUCCAGAGAGGUGGGACGUUCGAGAAGAGUAGCGGAGGAUGAAGGAUAACCUGCGAACCCAAGUCGCCUUGUUUUAACUCGAUUGUCCGCUGUGAGAAGGAGUUUCUCCGCGAGUCAUCUUGUUUGCAACGAGGCUCAUUCAAAUAAAGACAAACAUCAGAUCCACACCAGAAUGUUUCUGUUACCACUUUUAUGUAUUUGAUUUGAAUUCAAUCUGUGAAUUCUUUGUAUUCUCAAUUUUUUUUUUGUGUAGAAAUGUUUUGUCAUAAGUUAUAAUGUUGAGUUAUACUUUACUGGAGGAUACGGUCAUUUGGAAAUUGUGUAGGUUUAAUCAGACGUCCUGCUCAUUUGGGUUUUGCUCCUCGGUUACGUAGAUGGUGCGGGUUAUGCUACUUUCACCUUUGCUCACAUUUAGACAUUAUUCUAUUAAUAAAACAUUUAUAGGAUAUAUUUUCCUAACAGUUUAAAUACUGUUAGAAGUAUACACUCACCUGUUUCCAGAACUUCCUCAUAUAGAUACAUUUAUUGAUAGGAAUACGUGCUAAGAUACUAUACUAAACAAUGAUAAUAUGUUCCUUUACAAGGUAUUAGGUCAAUCUAAUUAGAAAUAUGAGAUAUAUACUCUUUAUAAUUGUUCAAACUUAUUGAAUACAGAUAAUUUCACACGCAACAAAAAUUGAAAGUAAAGAAACUAUUGCAAUAUUCUAUUUAAGACAUUAAAAAGUACAUUUUAUUGAAAACAUCUAAUAUGAUAUAUUUUCAUUCAUUAUUUCCACCAUUGUUUUUUUUUGUUAUCAUGUUCAGGAAAAAAAUGUGUGAAUAUAUAAUUUUCUUUUUUUCCUUUUUGUGUUGUAAGUCAGUAUUACAUGAGACUUCCAGGUUGUGGAGAAUAAAGACACUAAAGCCUGUCUACACAUGAACUGUCCUUGUGCCCCGAAUCAAUCAGAGUGCAACACCGUUUACUUCAUCUAAAAAUGUAACCAUUUGCAAACCAGUUUAAGAGGACGAGCUCCAGCCCAGGAUGUUUGCUUUUUGUUCCUCUUGUUGACUUAGAAUAAAUGAGUGAGCCAUUCUUCACCAUUAA